UUCCGAAAUGUAUCCUCGACAGGACCGUUUGGUUGUAGCGAGUUUCUUGGAGGAUAACUGGGGUUGCGGAACGUCGGUUGGAGACCUGAUUCAGUACGUCAGCGCUCUAGAAACCCUGACAAACAGAACCGACGAGUUAACACACGCCACAAAGGGGAAAGCAGUACAACUGCUGACGAACAUCAUUGGCCUUUUUGAGGCUCGGCUAGACGAUCUGUACUUGGACGACUUUCGCUACUUGGCUUCAGAUGUGGCAUCCAUCAUCAGUAACCUACUGGAGGCAGCGCUUGAAACGAUGACUGAAUACACGCCUGACCCGGACAUGUCUCACGCUGAAAUAAUUUGGUACGAGAAGGAAUUCGGUCUCCGUUCGGCCAAUGAGGGAAUGCUGCUGAAAAAUCUGAUGGAUCAACUGGUCGCGGCACUCAACAAGUUCAUCCGGGUUAUCAACAAACGCCUGCUUGUGGGGGAGCCUCGUUUUGUGGUGACUCGACCCUCCUUUGAGCUGGUGAUUGACAGGUCGUUCCCUGAUGACGUGGGCAGCCGGGUGAUAGAAGUCGGCCAAGGAAGCGUCACUCUCCCAGGGAAGGACGUGAUGUUCAGUGAUGGCGGUGCUAAGGAAUUCGUCGAUGCUGUGGUCCUGGUGUUUUACGAGAACCCCUACAGUUGGAACAUGACAUCCCGUAGUCUCUCCACACCUGUGAUGGAGGUCUUCUUCAUAGCCGAUGAAGAUGAAGAUCUUGUCAUGGAGAAUCUUGAAGAUUUCUUCACUUUAAAGCUGCCAAAUGGCGACCACAACAGCACCAGUCCCGAAAACAUACAAACGCAUCGCUUCUCGGGACCCGAGGAAAUGCUAUUCUAUAAAGUGAAUAGAGGUUCUGACGACGAAGCCUUGAUACUACUUAUACAGUUAACCAAUGCUUCAGAAGGCGUUGACUUUGAGAUAUUUGCUCGAAAAGGCCAGCGACCGAACGAGACGGAGUACGCCUAUAAAGCGAUUGAAAGGUCCCGGUAUGGAUCUGUGAAAUUUCUUAUCCCGCCCGAAGCUCUCAACGGCACUGGUAGUUACUUCAUAGGAGUCAGAGAAGCGAUUCAUGGUCAAGAAUCCACUCUGAACCGAAAGAAACGCUGUGGAAAUUCACAAGGCAAUGGGCAGCCAAGUUGUGGAAUACAAAGCCCAGAGGAAAAUUCAGGCUCUUUGGAACAAAGCCCAGAGGAAAACUCAGGCUCUUUGGAACAAAGCCCAGAGGAAAAUUCAGGCUCUUUAGAACAAAGCCCAGAAGAAAACUCGGACUCUUUGGAACAAAACCCAGUGGAAAAUUCAGGCUCUUUGGAACAAAGCCCAGAGGAAAAUUCAGGCUCUUUGGAACAAAGCCCAGAAGAAAACUCAGGCUCUUUGGAACAAAGCCCGGUGGAAAAUUCAGGAUCUUCGGAACAAAACUCACAAGAAAAGCCAGACACAACAACAACAACAACAACAACAACAACGCAAGGACAACCAGGCACAAUGAGGCCAGCAACAGAACAAGCAGGUUCUUCAGAAGAGAUCACGCAAGGACAACCAGACGUGGUUACAGUUACAGACUUCACGGAAGAAAGCACGCACGGACAGCUGAACAUAACAACAACAACAACAACAACAACAGAAGCUUCUACAUUCCAAGCUUUGACUGAAGAACCAGAAAGUUCAAGCGUAGCAGGUAGCACCACCACAAAACCGAUCAACGCGAGCACACAUCAAGUACUUACUACUGAACACUUUCGGACAUCCUUGGUUCCAGUUGCAAGCGUCAAUGGUAGCACCACCGUAGCACCGAAAAACACACAUCCAAGUACUGCAGUAACUACUGGAAAUUUUCAGACUCACACUGUUUCUGGUAAAAACGCAACAUUGUCAGAAAUCCGAGUAGAAUUUUUCUCAGCCGCCUGUCUGUUUUGGGAUGAAAGCGCUCAGAUCUGGAGUUCACAAGGAUGUCACGUUGGUGCGAACACGGACGCUGAAGAUGUGGAAUGCCUUUGCAACCACCUGACCGCCUUUGGAGGUAAUUUCAAUGUCGCGCCGAACUCCAUCAACUUCGCUACGGUCUUCGCCAAGUUCGGACAACUGGACGAGAACCCGGUCGUCUUUUCGUUCGUGAUCUCUACUCUUGUUGCCUACUUUGCACUGCUAGUCUGGGCCAAAAGAAAGGACAAAAAGGACACUAAAAACUGGACAGUGUCCCCCGUUGGAGGAAACCGGCCCGGCGACACCUGUGGCUACCUGGUGAACAUCACCACUGGGCAGCGACUCGGCGCGGGGACGCGAUCAAAUGUCGGCAUCAUCAUAUACGGAACGGAUGGCGACACGGGAGCUCGGAGACUCAGAGAUCCAGACAAGAAAGUAUUCAGCCGAGGCCACAUCAAUAGUUUCCUGCUGACGACACCACAGCCCUUGGGAAGCCUGACGCACCUGCACAUCUGGCACGACAACUCCGGGAAGGGAUCCAGCGCUGGGUGGUUUCUGGACAACGUAGUUGUCAAAGAUUUGCAAGGCAACAAGAUGUUUUAUUUCCAGUGUAACCAGUGGCUGGCUGUUGAUCAGGACGACGGGCGGGUGAGCCGAGUUCUGCCGGUGGAUGGAUGGGAGCAGAUAACCGACUUCAAAAACCUAUUCUCCAAGAGUGCCGUCAGACAGCUGUUUGACGGCCACUUGUGGUUCUCGGUGGCGUGGCGUCCCAACAGGAGUAACUUCAGCCGUGUCCAGCGCCUGUCCUGCUGCCUCACCCUGCUGUUCUGCACCAUGGUCACUAACGCCAUGUUCUACAGGACAGACACGAGCGUCAAGGAUCCAGGAAGGUUCACAAUUGGGCCGCUGAAACUGUCCAUGUACGAGCUGUACGUCAGCGUGGUGUCCAGUGUCAUCACCCUGCCAGUCACGUUAGCAGUGGUGGAGCUGUUUCGGCGCAGCAAGCCCAAACCGAAGGUAUCCAGAGGAACAUCUGACAGCGUUGUCAAGGUGAUUGACUGGAGGGUCGAGCUGGCUAAAAAGCAGCUUUACAAGCCGCCAGCACCGCCGCCAGCCAAGGGCCUGCCGUACUUCUACACGUACAUCGCCUGGUGCCUGGUGUUCCUGGCCGUCACCGCCUCAGGCUUCUUCACCAUCCUGUACGGACUGGAGUGGGGGAGGGAGAAGUCUCUGGACUGGCUCACGUCCAUCCUGCUGGGGAUAUUUGAGUCGGUGCUCUUCGUGCAGCCCAUCAAGAUCCUGGUAUUGGCCUUUGUUCUGUCAGCCAUAUUCAAAAGACCACCAAACGACAACAGUGUCCCGGAUCUAUCAUCCGUUCCUUCAGUGGACCCAACUAAUGAAGAAGGCGCUGAUGGCGAGGAACCACAUGUAGUAACACCCCCAGGACCCCCCAGCGAAGAAGAACUACGCCGGGCACGAUUGAAACGAGAAAGAGACGAGCGAAUGAGCAAAGCCCAGAGGGAGAUUCUCGUCUACACCUUCUUCCUACUUGCGCUGACCGUGGUCUCCAAUGACGUCACGGAUACGCAUGCGUACAACUUGGUGCAGUCCGUCAACAAGGCGUUCGUAGAGAGCUCGGUGUUCGCACUUGAAGAUGUGGAUACUGACGAGGCUUUUUACACAUGGGCAAACCUUACUCUAGUUCCAAACUUGUACCGAAACACCUGGUACAAUAGCGACGAGACCCUGCCAUGGCGGGAGCGAAUGUUUCUACUCGACCUGCAGAAUUUCCGCAUCGGGCCCGCUCGCCUUCGUCAAACACGGAAAACAAAGUCGGGAGAAGUAAGCAUUGAAGAUCUGGCAGAGAAAGCUAGCGGCUUCCUACCAGACUUCAACAACAUCUGGGCAGGGGUUUCAGAGAUGUUCUCGGGUGUGAGCGAGAUUAACUUGGAUAGCUCGGAGCUGUGGUCUGACUCCGACCUGGCUCUUCCAGUCGCAAAAUCGUACGAUCCGUUCUCCGUAAUCCUCGGUGCUAAUUUUGAGUCGGCCAGACGCGUCGUGAGGGCGCUGGAAGAGAACGAAUGGGUCAAAGAAACAACGCACGUCAUAGUCGCGGACUUCUCCGUCUACAACCCGGGCGUCAAUCUCUUCGCUACGACGGAGAUCAGUGUCGAAUUCCUGGAGACUGGAGGUCUGGGCGUUGAGAGCAAGACGAGGACAUUUCGCCUGUACAACUACGAGGGGACUGCGGUGGUUUUCAUCAUCAUCUGUCAACUUGUCUCCGUGGCGUUCUUGGUAUAUUUCCUGGUGGUGGAAAUCCUGGAGUUGAAGAGGGAUAAGCUUCUCUACUUCUUUGAGGUGUGGAACUACGUAGAACUGACCAUAAUCGCUCUGGGGAUAGCUACAAUCGUCCUAUAUUUUGUCAGGAAAGUGCGGGCAGACAGCAUUCUAAGGCAGUACCAGCUUGCACCACGAGACUACGUGGACUUCGAGCCGGUGCUGCAGCUGGACAGCAUGCUUGUGGGAGUUCUGUCGGCGCUCGUGUUCGUGGCCACACUGCGCAUGCUCCGUCUGGUUCGGCACAACAAACAGGUGUCCCUGGCCAGCCGAGCCAUCGCGCGUGCCUCGAAAGGAAUCAUGUCCUUCUCUCUCCAGCUGUUCAUCACCUUCUGUGCCUUUGCCGUUCCCUCUACCCUGCUGUUUGGGCUGACAUCAGAGUGGUACAGGAACAUCCUGACGGCUUCCCUGCGGAUGUUGACCCUGUCGUUCGGCUUCAUGGACUUCAGCGACAUGCGCUUCGAGGGGACGCGAGGGAUUCUGGGGCGCAUUUUCCUGGCGCUGUUCCUGGUGACCAUGUUCCUGGUUCUGAUCAACCUGUUCCUGGCUAUUCUGGCAGACGCUCUUACAGAGGUGAAGCAAGAGGUCCAUGAUGAUGAUGACGACCUGCUGGUCUAUUUUUGGGAGAAGCUUAAGAGGAUCCUCGGUCUGGCCAAUCAGAAAGGCAAGGACGAACCUGAAAAAUCAGGGGACAAGAAUACAAGAAGGGCAGGUGCCGAAGGAGGGGGCGACGAUAAGGGAAACUCUGGAUCCGGCAGCGGCACCAAAGAUGAACCACAAACAACAUCACUGGCGCUGAAAACUCAUCACAAACGUGACAGUGUGUGGCAGACGCGAGACGUCAAGGUAGUUCGCUUGGCCUUUAAGGAGUACCUCACUGAAGCUGCGGACCGACCCCUUUCCGAAUCCUGGGACGCCCUGAAUGACAGACUGGAUAGGAUGUCCAUGUAUAUCGACGACAUGGUGUGGACCCUCUGGGUCUUCGUCACACGGGCACAGGAAUUCCUGCAGGACGUCCGAGAGCAAAACGAAGUAUCCCCAACACCGACCGUCUCUACCUAUGUUGAGAGCAUUGCCUCUCCCGAUGAAGAUCCCGGUGAAUCGGCAAGUGCAGCGCAUGUUGACAGCCGACGGAGAUCGUCGUCAUCAUCAUCAUAUGCAUCGUGUUUGAGUGCAGGCAGCCGCAGGACCAGCGUGGUGUCUUCUUCCAAAGUCGCCCCUGAGCUUCGGCGCGAUUCCGGGUUUGCCAGCCUGAAUGUUCCGUUACCUGGCUUUAGCGAUGAUGAUGAUGAUGACGAUGAUCAUGUGGAUGUUUUAAAGUCUAAGCGUGGCUCUGGGUACGAUCUUGGAGAUGAUUGGACCUAAGUCUUUAUAGCGAAUGAUUAGUUUAAGAGCAGAUCUUUCAAACAUAGCUGCUGGUCUGGAUUGUGUUUUGGUUGUGUUUUUAGAAUCGAAUCGUAUCUGUUAUUAGCGUAUUAUGUGUAUCAAUGAAAUGUGACAUACUGCUAUCGAAAUAGGGUGAGCACAUAGAACUGUAUUAGAAUGCCUAUCAAGGGCGAUGUAUCAUGCUAUAUAUACAUAUAUUACAUUACACAUGCAUGCAAUGAAUAGUUUUACUGUUUUCUUGAUACUAUAGUUGUCUUAAGACUCUAUAAAGAAGGCAUUUAGCGAGAGUCCAAUUUGAAAAAAAGCGAACGUGGCGACCUGAAGGACUGGAAAACUUACAUAAAAUGGUUCGUAUGUUAUGGCAAGACAAACACUCCACUUAUAAAACUUUAUAUGUAUACAUAUAUAUUUGUAAGGUUGUGCAAAGACAAAGUAAGAACAGAAAGGGGGCAUAAGUGGUAACAGAAUGUGAAUGGAGUCGUUAAGGUUAUGGCAGCCAAGCUAACUGAAAAUCCUGCUGGACAGAAACGUUUUGAAUGCCUCCAUCAUUAUCAAGUAAUGUAUAGGUAUGUGUGUCCGUAACAUAAACGGUUAGACGUGCUUAGGAUGCUAUUGAACAUGAUGUAUUCAAUAUUUGUGAUAGUCCAUUAAUGUAUUACCUACUGGUUUAGAUGUAUAACACGUGCACGCAAUGAAUGUUUAUUAAAUGGAUCAUGAACUACAUGAUGAUGAUUCAUCCCAUAGUUUAUUUGCUACCCCCCAGCUUUAUUCAGGGCCCUUAAAUUACAAAUUUUCAAAGCUUAUUUUAAGUAAAUUGUGAUGACAAAAAUCUCCUCGAUUAAUACAGAGGGCACAUAAAGACAUCCAUACAGUCAGCUGUAGUAUUAAACGAUAUACAGUAACAUAUAUGUAAUUCAGACGGUACCUGUUGCUAGUCUGUCCCGUACUACUCACGUUUGGACGGGUGCUGAAACACUGUACAAAAUUACCCUGAUUAUACCGAUAACACUUUCAAUUUAGUAAUCUGUUCUAGAUAGAUAUUAUCAGUAUUGUCGAUAGUUAACACUUUUCUACAUAAAUAAACAAUAAAGUGGGCGGCACGUUCAUCAACGACAACAUACAAGAGGCAUCUGAACACGGACAUAAAUAUCAAUACCGUAUUUUCCACAUAAAUGUGCACUCUGU